ACUCUGGGGAGCGGCGAUUUGCGUCAUGUGGGGCACGCCCCUUGCAGGGCCUGGGCUCGGCUGGUUCUGCUCCCUGGGCUGUCGUCGUAGCGACAGGAUUUCCGCGGUUGUGCAACGGAACCUCCCGGGCCUGGAGAGUCCUGGGCUUAGCAUCCCAACUUCGAUCGGCCCCGGGGUCCGGCAGCCCAGCCAUGGCCGGGGCGGCGGCGGCGGCCAGCUACGGGGCCCGCGGCGCGCUCUCGCCACACACGCUCCUGUUCGACCUGCCGCCCGUGCUGCUCGGCGAGCUCUGCGCGGUCCUGGACAGCUGCGACGGCGCGCUGGGCUGGCGCGGCCUCGCGGAACGACUUUCAAGCAGCUGGCUGGAUGUUCGUCACAUUGAAAAAUACGUAGACCAAGGUAAAAGUGCAACAAGAGAAUUACUUUGGUCCUGGGCACAGAAAAACAAGACCAUCGGUGACCUUUUACAGAUUCUCCAGGAGAUGGGACAUCAUCGAGCUAUCCAUUUAAUUACAAACUAUGGAGCAGCCUUGACUCCUUCAAAGCAGAGUCAUCAGGAAGAUGGAUUUCCAAACAAGUUAUCCAAGGAAACAGCUAACAUCACAGUGGAUAAUGUUCUUAUCCCUGAACAUAAUGAAAAAGGAAUAUUGCUUAAAUCCUCCAUCAGCUUUCAAAACAUCAUAGAAGGAACGAAAAAUUUCCACAAAGAUUUCCUAAUUGGAGAAGGGGAGAUUUUUGAAGUAUACAAAGUGGAGAUCCAAAACCGAGCAUAUGCCAUUAAAUUAUUUAAACAGGAGAAAAAAUUGCAAUGUAAGAAACAAUGGACGAGGUUUUUGUCUGAGCUUGAAGUUUUAUUACUGUUUCAUCAUGCAAACAUACUGGAGUUGACUGCAUGUUUUACAAAGAAUGAGAGGUUCUGCCUGGUUUAUCCAUAUAUGAGAAACGGAUCACUUUACGACAGAUUGCAGUGUGUAGGUAAUACGGUCCCGUUGUCUUGGCACACUAGAAUGGGUAUAUUAAUCGGAACCUCCAAAGCCAUUCAGUACUUGCACAGCAUCAAACCGUGCUCGGUCAUCUGUGGCAGUAUAUCAAGCACAAACAUACUUUUGGAUGAUCAGUUUCAGCCCAAACUAACUGAUUUUGCCAUGGCACACUUCCGACCCCACCUAGAAUGUCAGAGUUCUACCGUAAGCAUGACCAAUAGCAACAGUAAACAUCUGUGGUACAUGCCUGAAGAGUAUAUCCGACAGGGCAGACUUUCCAUUAAGACUGACGUCUACAGCUUUGGAAUUGUAAUAAUGGAAGUUUUGACAGGUUGUAAAGUGGUGUUAGAUGAUCCAAAGCAUGUCCAGCUGAGGGAUCUCCUUAUGGAAUUGAUGGAGAAGAGAGGUCUUGAUUCAUGUCUUUCAUUUCUGGAUAAGAAAGUACAUCCCUGUCCUCGGAAUUUCUCUGCCAAGCUGUUCUCACUGGCAGGCCAGUGUGCAGCGACACGGGCAAAGUUAAGACCUUCAAUGGAUGAAGUCCUAAGUGCUCUUGAAAGCACGCAAGCCAGACUUUAUUUUGCUGAAGACCCUCCCACCUCACUCAAGUCCUUCAGGUGUCCUUCCCCUCUGUUCUUGGAUAAUGUACCGAGUAUUCCAGUGGAAGACGAUGAAAGCCAGAAUCAUCACUCACUGCGUCAUGAUGACAGUUUGAGGAAAGAUGGAAUGAUGCAAAAAAUUCCUUUUGAGUGCAGUCAGUCCGAAGUAACAUUUCUGGGCCUUGGCAGUAAGACAGGGAGUGAGAGAAAUGAGGACACUUGCAACAUGCCCAGUUCUUCUUGUGAAGAAAGUUGGUCUCCGAAGCAGGCAGCUCCGUCCAGGGACUCAAGCACCAGUGGUACGACUGUGGACCCUUCUGCAGAAGCUCCAGGCCGUUCUUACAGAAGCAGGCUGGUGGAGACUAGCUGUUCCUCUGAAUUUUCCUUGAGUAAAUGUGAACAGUACAAAAAGGAAUCAAUUUCACCAGAACAUAAAUAAGGAAGCAAGUAUUUGUGAGUCGCCAGAGCUCAGGCAUCACCUUGGGAAUACACUGUCUCCAUGAGGAGAGCCGGGAGGAUGGCUGGUGGAGAAUUUGGGUAAUGCAGACCAACAAUCUGGGUAAUUCCAUUCUAAUUCCAUUUGUCCAAAGGAGAGUGACUUAAGAAAUUGCUUUAUCAGGGUAAUUCCCUGAUAAUCAAACCUAGGCUAAAGUAGAGCCAUUCAGAAUUACUUAAGAUCAUGGGCUCUGACUUCAGACAAACAAAAGUUACCAAAGGGACUAUAUUCCGUUUUCUCCUUCAGAGCCUCAUCUGCUAAGUGUGUUCGGUUCAGCUGGAUUCCAUUGUUUGGUUUAGUUUGCUUGUGAAGGUUGUAGGAAAUGUUUAAUUUGUAAAUGUUAAGAGAUGCUUUUUAAAGAAUUACUUUUUUAAAAAAUUUCAGUUAACCCUUAAUAUUUUUCUGUUCAUUCCUGUUAAGCCUGCCUGCCUGGCAGUGAGCCAGGUUCACCCUUGUCUGUUGGUUAAGGCAUGUUCCAUGUAGAGAGGGGAUUCCUGCCCAAGACCUGUGUUUCUGGGUUUAAGCUCUUGGAUAGUUUAUCACAUCUAAUAUAGGUAUAUUACAAAAAACAAUAUUUUUGUUUUUUAGAUCUGGAGACCUGUUAUAGCCUAAGUAGAAUGUAUGAGAUUUCAACCAAGUAAUUUUUGUUUCUGAAAAAAUAGCUAGUCACAGUUCAGCUUUUUGUUUGAUUGUAUACCUUCCAACUCUGUGCCUUUGCUUCUGCUGUUUACCAGAUUCAAAUCUACCCCAUCUUUUAGAGCCCAGCAGAACUUCCAUUUGUCCAGGAAGCUUCCCUAAUCUCUCUAGCCAGAAGUACUUAUUUUGUCAGCAUUUCUAUAGCAGUCUCUUUGUAUUUCCAUUUUAUACUUAUCACUUUCUGAAUUAUAUCAAAGUUGCCUGUGCCAUCUCCUCCCUCUUACUAAAUUGUAAACUUGCUGUAUUAGUUUCCUAUUGUUGCUGUAACAAAUUAUCACAAACAUAACAGGUUAAAAGCAACAUAAAUUAUUUUGAAGUUCUAGAGAUCAGAAGUCCUUGGUGUUCUUUCUGAAACUCUAGGGGAAAACUCAUUCCCUUGCCUAUUCCAGCUUCUAGAGGCCACCUGCACUCUUCGGCUCAGGACCCCUUCCAUCCUCCAUCCUCAAAGCUAAGUGCUGGACCCCUCAGUGCCUACAGUGAGAGGCCAUUAGUGAAACUGAUUAACACCAGGUCUCUGCCAUUACUUAGCAGUAUAGCACCUUUAAAUCUAGAUCUCUCUCUUUCUCUGACCUCUUUAUCACCUCUUUUGCUUACUUUGGCCCUCUUGCCUCUCAUGAAGACAUGAUGAUUGCAUUGGGCCCACUUAGGAAAAUCUCUACAUCUCAGGGUCCUUAAUUUAAUAACAUAUGCGAUGUCCCUUUUCUCCAGCAAAGUAGUAGAUUCACAGGUUUCUGGAAUUAGGACAUGAACAUCUUUGGGGAGGCCAUUACUCUAUCAUACACUCUAAGUGUGUUGCUGCCAUCUCUUCAGGGCCUUGCAUGUUAUCCUCUACAGAACAGGUGUUUCCUUGUAAGUUAAGCUGAGUUAAACCAUCUCUGUGAACCCACAUCAUCAAAAAUUCAGCUAUAGUAAACAUUGUUGAGUAAAUUAAAGUGGGGAAAAUGACUUUUUAUUAUGAUGAAUAGAAGCACUGUAAGAAACCCAUUUCCAGAGGGUUUACAGAAGUGCUCUCUUUAGGAUAUUUAUAACAAAAGGUAGACCUGUAGCUUUCUGUGCAUCAGAGAACAGACCUGUGCCUUGUGUGUGUGUGUGUGUGUGUGUGUGUGUGUGUGUGUGUGUGUGUGUGUGUGUGACUAUGGUUGGGUUAAUCAUAGACUGGAGUCUAGAUUCAAGAACAACUGAUCAAAGAAGGAAGUAUUCAGGAAUCAGGUCAGGUUAACAGACCAAGGUCAGAAAUGGAGCUACAGUUCUGGAAAAAAAGGAUCUCUUGGCCCAAAGUGAGAUUCAAAACACACUAAGUCUUAGUCUGAUUGACAGGCCAAAUGAAGGCCCCAGGUAAGUAGUUGGGGGAGGUCAUGCUCACAGGCAGAUCUGCAGGGGACCUGGCUGCCCCUUGCUGUCUUCCCCAGCAAAACUGCCCAGGUGCUAAAACUAGUAGGGAAAAAUGUUUGACUAGACUUCAUAUGAUUUUAAUUCUUGUGACCUGCCCUAGCUUGGCACCUCUUGAUUUGCCAUGUUAAUGAAAGGAAGAAGUAUAAGCCUUUGACAUUUGCCUUUAUUUAUUGUAAACCAUUCUGAGGCUGGUUUAGCUUAUCUCAGAGAUGUAGUCUGAAAGUGUUUGGGCUGAACUGGGAAUAUUAAUUAGGAAUUGUGUGAAGCUGCCACUAAUAAUUCAAGAGAGGUAAUCAAGACAAUCAAGAAUUCACCCCUUGUUAAACUGUUUUUCACUUUGAAUCUGGACACACACACACCAGUACUUUCAGUGUGCAGUCAUAAAGGAAAUUCUGAUUAAUACCAGGCCCACACCUUUACAUGGCACAUGUAUAAUCGGCUGGUAUUAUGUUGGUUUGAACUUGCUUAUUAGACUUAAAGCAGUGUAUUUCAGACUUAAAUGUGCAUCUGAGCAAUGUGGAAUGCUUGUUAAAACACAGACCGCCCCACCCAGUUACUGAUGCAGUAGGUCUGGGGUUAGAAAUUUGACUUUCUAACAAGUUCCCAGGCAAUGCUGAUACUACUGAAGUGCAGGCCACUCUUUGAGAAUCACUACCUUAAAGUGCUCUCAGAUUGUUACAGAUCAAUAGACUCUGCCUUUCCAUCUAGGUUAUAUGCUUUUUGCGAGACUAAUCAUUUCUUUUAAUUCCUUUAUAUUUACCCUAUUACCUAGGAGUUUGCUUAGCACAGAGUAGGAGCUCUAGAAAUAUUGUUAAUCGGUAAUCUUUUUUUGCUAGAUUACCUUGUGAGUCUGUGACUUUUUUGGACAUCUUAAAGACCAAAUCAGAUUCGCUGACCUUAAAGACCAAUAUCAGAUUAGUGAUAUAAGCAGAUGCCAUUGUGGCUGGAAAUCAUCAGAGUCUUCAAUGAAGGAUCCAGUCCUCCUGACUAGAUUUGCCUUCUAGUGGGUUCAUAGAUGUUAAGAGAGAGGAAUUAACUCUUGCAUCCUGCUAUGGGUAACCAGAGGAUAUCUCGAUGACUUCAUGGUGUAGAGACUAAAGUAGAGGAAGACCAGGGAUGAGCCUCCAAGUGUUUUCUCCAAUCAGCAAACACGAGUUAGUGAAGAGUUUCACUCAUCCUCAUCCUUGUAACACACUGUGGACAAUCCUCCAGGCAGAUCCUAGUUACUUAUUAGGGUUUUGGUCCCUUUUUCUAAUGUCCUAAAACAUAGGGAAAAUACUUUAUUAUUUUAUUUUUGAAAAUAGGUAUAGGAUUUCUGACAGUUUUAUUGACUUCUUGAGAAUUGUUAUAAUGAUCCAUGACUCACCACAUAAUGGUGUCGUUUCAUGAGCCGGUACACCAGCCUGUACAAAACAACUUUUCUGACCUGGGGUACCAUGAGUAGCAUUUAUUAAGUAUCUGUCAGAACCCAGCACUGUACCGGCUACUAGGAUACCAAGUAAGGAAGAAAAGGUAUCUACCCAAGUUAGCAUUCAGGGACAAGUGUUAUUUGAACUACAAACCAAUGGAACUGAAAGGAAGGGCUGAGAGGGUGAGGAGAGGCAGGGGCUGUGUGCACUCUCCCGAGGAUAAAGAAGGCUUCUUGGAGAAGCUUGCUGGGGAAAGAGAAGCGAGCAAGAGAGGUGGGAAAGAGGGUCCAAGAAGCACUCCAGGAGGUAGUAGCCAGGGAACUGAGGUCCUCAGCUCUGCCAGAGCUCUGCAUAGCCCCGUCUCCAGGGCCGGAAGGAUGGGGUGAGGGCAAAGGGAACUGGGUCCAGAGCUUUGUGUAUUUUCCUAUCUACCCUCCCAGUCACCUCCCAAAGGUAUGAAUCCCAUUUUGUAGAUGAGGAAACUGACUCAGGGAGGUCAAGGAACUUGCCUAGGGCCUCCCACAUCUGGAGAGUCAGGACUCGAACCCACAUCUGUAUGACUUCAAAGCCCAUGCUCCUUUUGUAUUCCACACUGCCCAAAGAAGCCACUGCAGAUUCAAGCUCCUAUGACAAGGGACAGAUGCGAGAAGUCGUUUGCUGAUUCCACAGAUGUUCAGUAGGCACACAGGCCUUACCAUGUCUUCUGCCUUUUGCACUAUUCCUGCCCCUCCGCUACAUUUGCCCACCUCUUCAGUUAUUUGAUGUGAGUUAAAUGAGUUCACUCGUCCAUUUGUUUUUUCAUUGAAUAAAUAUUUAUCAACAGCAUCUUUUGUGUCAAGCAUUGUUCUAGGGGCUGGGGAUACAGUGAAGAUCAAACCCAACAAAAAUCCCAGCCCUCACGAAGUUUGUUUAACUGAAUAAAUGAAUGGGUGGUUGAGUAGGAAGUGCUGCAGGGGAAUUUUAUUCCCGAUUCUAGCACUAACUGGCAACUCUCUAUGAGACCAAAUGCACUGAGCCAUCUCAGAAUGUUGUCCAGACGUAGACCCUGACUUCUCUGCCAGCUCUUCCAUAGAGGAUCAGAGAGGUUUUCUCCUUGUCCUGUUGUAUACUUGAUAUCACCAUGGUAGCCUGAUGCUCUGCUGUUAGUGUGCACUUACAACAUGCUUUGUGGCUAUUGUGCAGAUCCUCUUCUUCCAGGGACCUGUGAUUUCUUCAGGGCAUUUAUUUGACUACUGGUGACAUCUUCAGUAGACUUCUAAGGAAUCUGAAGACCUACACAUGCUUCAUCUCACUCUCACUCCAUAAUGGAAUUGCCCGUUGACUUCUCUCUUCUCCCAUGAAAUUGAAACAUUACUGAAGGCAGGGGCUGCAUCCUGCUCAUUUUUGUGUCCCUAAUAGCACAGUACCUGACACAUCAUAUGGACCAACAAAUAUUUAUGAAAUGAAUGAAUCAAAUAGUCCUUCAGAACAUCUUUAAAAUCAGUGGUAUCUAGUGUAUCCAGACUGUCAUCUAGAUCGCACCCAAAAUUUCUUUCUAAUAUCUGUACUGUCAUCAAUCACUUGCUUAAAUGGUUCCAUCUCAUCA